CCUCAGUUAUUACACUGAUUCGUAGAUGUGAACACGUCUGGAGUCGCAACCAAAAGUGAAAUCCCACAAACCAGGCCAUAACAAAAAACAUUUCUAGUUUCAUUAUUUUGUAUAAAAUUGUAUAUAUGGCGUGUUAAAGAGUUGAGCAUUUCAUAAAAAUAACUAAACAGAUAGCCCUGCGGUGCAACUCACCAUGCACGUUCAGCAUAUAGUCUACUCUCGUACAGCAAAAUUACCGAGUAUACUGAACUUCUCGCUCCUGUCGACCCAAAAUUCGUCUCCAUUCCUGGCAUUGCGAUGGCCUACGACUAUUGCACUGGCUCCACAUUGCCAGUGUUCAUCAGCCACUGUGCCCCGUACAACUUUCUGCGAGAAUACCGUCUAGCGUGCGAUGAUAGGAAUAUACCAGCUAUGACGCUGGUGCAAGAAGCCCGUAACGCGUGGCACUCACUCAGUGCCCAGGAGAGGUCCUUGUUCAAGGAAAUGCCGUAUCUGAUGGCACGUUUCGGACAAUCCAGUGCCUCGGCGUUAAGGCUAACCGUUAAUGUCCUGUCGGCCAAGCAAACCACUGUGCGCCCGACGCACUGUGAUGAUGAUCGGUCCAGAAAUCGGAGGAUCCAUCGAGGGAAUGCCAAGUUGCACAGCAGGAAGCGGCAGCAGAAGAUGGGUACAGUUGGCAGGAAGCGAAGUCCAGGGAUUGGUAGUACCAGGUGUAGGGCAACCACCUAUACUCCCCAAUUUCACUGGAAGAGAACCGCCUCUAUUUCACCCAGAUAACCCCAUUUCACCACUGAUAUGACAGGAAUGGAAAAUAUAGGUACACUUCAA